UGUAUGACCACGCCCUGUUAGGCCAGUGAAGCUCUGUAGUUGAAGUAAAUAUUCAGUGGAUAGAGAGAUUCAUGGCCUUAGCUUUCCGUCUAAAAGUGCUGGCUGGUUCCCUGGCAGCUGGAGGUACUACCUAUUAUGGCUGGAAGCACCUCACCUCACGUGACGGCAGGAUUGAGCCUCUUCACGCUAACGAGCCGACAAGACCUCGCAGUCCAGAGCUGAAGAUCCCUACAAGAGAGGAGCUCAUUGGUCGACUACGCGCUGAUCAGGAGUUUGACAUCCUCGUGAUAGGGGGCGGGGUCACGGGCGCUGGAGUGGCCCUGGAUGCACAGCUGAGAGGCUUCAACACCGCGUGUGUGGAGAGGUACGAUUUCUCGUCUGGUACUAGCAGUCGAAGUACUAAACUCAUCCACGGUGGCGUUCGGUAUCUGGAGAAGGCUUUCAAGAAUCUUGACAUUGAGCAGUAUCGUAUGGUCAAGGAGGCACUCCGGGAGAGAUCCAACCUCCUCAAGAUAGCCCCUCAUCUCUCUUACCCUCUCCCCAUCAUGCUACCAGUCUAUAAGUGGUGGCAGGUGCCCUAUUAUUGGGCGGGUAUCAAGGCCUACGAUUUAGUGGCAGGAAGACAAAAUCUAAAGCCCAGCUACUACCUGAAGAAAUCCAAAGCCCUGGAGGAGUUUCCAAUGCUCAAGAGCAGCAAGCUGUGCGGUACCAUCGUCUACUAUGAUGGUCAACACGAUGAUGCCCGGAUGUGUCUGACUAUAGCUCUGACCGCCAUCAGAGAGGGGGCCACUGUAGCCAACCACGUCGAGGUGCUGUCACUCAUCAAGGAAAAUGGUAAGGUCAGAGGUGCUCACAUGAGGGACAGACUGACAGGGGCAGAGUGGGACGUGAAGGCAAAGGUCGUCAUCAAUGCAACAGGUCCGUUCUCGGAUAGUAUUCGACAGAUGGAUAAUCCCGAGGCUCGUAAGAUCGUCCAACCAAGUGCCGGUAUUCAUAUUGUCCUCCCUGAGUACUAUAGUCCUCGUAACAUGGGACUAUUGGACCCCUCCACCAGCGAUGGUCGAGUCAUCUUCUUCCUGCCCUGGCAAGGUCGCACUAUUGCUGGUACGACUGACGCCCGCAUCGAGGUGACCCAUCUCCCCACCCCCAAAGAAGAAGACAUCCGCUUCAUCCUAGAGGAGGUCAAGAACUACCUCAGUCCAGAGUUGUCUGUUCGACGUGGAGAUGUACUGGCUGCCUGGAGUGGUAUUCGACCUCUAGUGAUGGACCCCAACAAGGCAGACACUCAGUCCAUCGCACGUAACCACAUCAUAGAGGUCAGCAAGGGGGACCUCCUCACCAUCGCUGGAGGCAAGUGGACAACGUAUCGCUCUAUGGCGGAGGAGUUGGUGGACAGGGCAGUGACUGUAGGGGGUCUGGAUGACAGCAAGGGAUGUCAGACCAACGGCUACACUCUGGAGGGCGGGGACGGAUGGUAUCCCACCUCAUUCAUCAGACUAGUGCAGGACUACGGAGUAGAUGUCGAGGUAGCCCAGAGGCUUGCCGGCACGUACGGAGACAAGGCCCCCCAGGUUGCUAAACUAGCCACCUUCACCGGGAAGAGAUGGCCUAUAGUCGGCAAACGUUUAGUCGAUGAGUUCCCCUACGUAGAAGCUGAAGUGAAGUACGCUGUGAAGGAGUACGCCUGCACAUUGGUGGAUGUACUGGCUCGGAGGACGAGGUUGGCGUUCCUCGACGUGCAAGCUGCCGAGGAGGCCAUUCCCAGGAUAGCGGAGAUCAUGAGCAAGGAGCUCAACUGGAGCAAGAGCAGGAAACAGGCUGAAAUGGACAGGGCAGUGUUUUUCUUGGGUACCAUGGGGCUCAAGGUAGCCACAGAAGUGAAGGACGUUCCUAUCAGCCUCAGCUAUCAGGAAGCCAAAGAGUACGGCCAAAUCUUUAGGACCUUCGACAAGGACAACGAUGGGCAUAUCAGUAUCCACGAUCUACGCAAAGCUCUGAGUGAGAUGGGAGAGAAAGUGUCAGAUGAUAAGCUGAGAGAGCUCAUCGCUGAGGUGGACAUUAAUAAGAACUGUACCAUCGAAGAAGAAGAGUUCUUGCAGUUGAUGAGUGCCCUGAAGAGUGGAGAGGUGGCUAAUGUAAGGAUGGCUACCAUCAUACAACAGAAGCAGAGGGAGAGUACCCCGGUCUCAGUCGACAGAAGUGGCGGUGGACUAUAAAUUGUCUCUAAGUCAAUUCAUUGUUAUUCUAUAGAUAUACAAAUCAAUUUAUGUCCUCCCAGUUUAAGUUAUCACAGCUAUGUGAUUUAUGUACGUUAUGCAACGUUAUGCAUUUCAAUCAAAUCUAUUCUAUAAUCAAACAUUUUGUCCA